UUUGACAUACAAAUUAGACAUUGACGAAAUAGGCUUUGAGGUCGACUUCAGGAAUAACAAAGUCUUUGAGAUCGACUCCAUUAAGUUAGACAAUGAUGAAAGACAUCAAGAUCAACUAUAUAGAGAAUUAUUGAAUUUUAUUCUUGUGAUGUUCAUCUAUGGAAAUUCUCAACAAUUACUAGACGAA